GUUGAAGUGGCCGGGGCCGGAGGCCUGAGGAGAUCCGGAAGUGGCCUGAAGGCAGCGAAGCAGAGAGCAAACCUGAGGGUAUUUGGAAAUUGGAAGACUUGGUGGUGUACGAGGAUCAAGAUCUGGAUCCUGUCUCAGAGAGUGGGAGAAGUGUCCGGGAUGUGGGAUCAGAGGCUGAUAAGGUUGGCCUUGCUGCAGCAUCUUCGGGCUGUCUAUGGCAUUAAGAUUAAGGGUGGCCGUGGGCAGUGCAACCGCAGGAGACAGGAAACAGCAGGCACGGAAGUAAGGGGUAAGGUAUUUGGAGUAACUUUUAAUGUAUUGCCCCAUUCUGUUGUACCUGAAUAUGGACACAUUCCAAGCUUUCUUGUUGAUGCUUGUACGUCUUUAGAAAAACAUGUUCAUACAGAAGGACUUUUUAGAAAAUCAGGAUCUGUUAUCCGUCUAAGAGCACUAAAGGAUAAUCUGGAUCAUGGGGAAAGUUGCCUGUCUUCUGCACUGCCUUGUGAUAUUGCAGGACUUCUUAAGCAGUUUUUUAGGGAGUUGCCAGAGCCUGUUCUCCCAGCAGAUUUGCAUGAAGCAUUUUUCAGAGCUCAACAAUUGAGAACAGAGGAGAAGAAUAAAGCUACGUUGUUGCUCUCCUGUCUUAUGGCUGACCACACAAUUGAUAUAUUAAGAUACUUCUUUAACUUUCUCAGGAAUGUUUCCCUUAGAUCCAGUGAAAAUAAAAUGGAUAGCAGCAAUCUUGCAGUAAUAUUUGCACCAAAUCUUCUUCAGACAAGUGAGGGACAUGAAAAGAUGUCUGCUAACACAGAAAAAAAGCUCCGAUUACAGGCUGCUGUAGUGCAGACUUUUAUUGAUUAUGCAUCAGAUAUUGGACGUGUACCAGAUUUUAUCCUGGAAAAGAUACCAGCUAUGUUGGGUGUUGAUGGUCUGUGUGCUACUCCAUCACUAGAAGGCUUUGAAGAAGGUGAAUAUGAAUCUCCUGGAGAAUGUAAGAGAAAGCGAAGACAGAGUGUAGGAGAUUUUGUUAGUGGAGCACUAAGUAAACUUAAAUCUAACAGAACACCCUGUUUUACACCUCAACAAGAAAGAAUCGCCCAGGUGUCUGUAUCACCAGUGAUUCUUACACCAAGUGCUAAGCGUAAACUGCCGGUAGAUUCUUCUCAUGGUUUCUCAAGUAAGAAAAGGAAGUCCAUCAAGCACAAUUUGAACUUUGAGCUGUUGCCAAGCAGUCUCUUCAGUAGCAUUUCUACACCAGUAUCAGUUCACUUUGAUACAAGCCCAGAAGUAUCAUCUCAGAGUUCACUGUCUCCUAUAGCCAUCAGUGGAAACCAGAUCAGUACAGGUAUCCAAAGGAGAAGUAAAAGAAUUGCAGGCAAGAAAGUUUGCAGGGUAGAAUCAGGAAAAGCAGGCUGCUUCUCUCCUAAAAUCAGUCGUAAAGAAAAAGUGCGAAGAUCUCUUCGUUUGAAAUUUAGUCUGGGGAAAAGUAGCAGAGAUGUAAAUGGAUGUUCUGGUGUCAAUAGAUAUGAAAAUGUUGGUCAACGACUUGCAAAUCAACAAAGUUUAAAAAAUGGGAUUGGGUCUAUAAAAACCGGUCUGCUUUUUAGCCCAGAUAUUGGUGAAAGAUUAACAAAGAAAGGUUCAAAAAAGAUCAGUAAGUCUGAGGAAAACUUAUUAACUCCAGAGCGCCUAGAUGAAACAAAUUACCGGAUGUCUUGGACAGGACCUAGUAAUUCAAGUUUUCAAGAAAUAGAUGUAAAUGAGACAUCGCCGAUAGUAGGAAAUCUUGAGGUGGAAAACUCUUCUUUGGAACAUGAUCUUACCAUUGAGAAGUCAUCUGUAACUUCAUUUGAACUCCCCUCUUCCAAUAAACACAAUAAGCCUAAUAGCAACGUAACUAGAAACUCUCUUAGUGGGGAUGAAAGUAACUUGACCACAGAGACUUUAGUGAAAAUUCAGAAAGCAUUUUCUGAAUCUGGAAGUAAUCUUCAUGAAUUGAUAAAUCACAGGCAAUCAUCAAUAAUUAAUGUGGGGGAAAUAAAAUUAAAUGAAACAUCUUAUGUAGAAUGUAGCCCAGAGAAAAAUCUAUUUGAAACUAAUGAUUUGACUGUGAUAGAAUCAAAGGAAAAGUAUAAAUACCACACUAGUAAAGAUGAAAACAGUUUUUCAGAGAGAGACUUUUUGCUAUAUCAAACUCAAAAAUUGGGCAAAGAAACAACUAUAAAAUGUUAUUCAGCUCAAAUGAAGAUGGAACAUGGAAAAAAUGUUUAUUCAGAUGAUUCAAGCAAGCAAGAAUUCCCCAAUGAUGAGCAAAUAAAGAAGCAGGAGUCCCCAGGAGAUAAACUAAAUACUAAAUUAAAGGAAAAUGAGAAAGUGAUUAAAGAAAACUUACUAAAACACACAGCUUCUAGAGCAGAUAUGGCUAAAUCAUCUUCCUUAGAACAUAUUACAUGUAGUAUAACAAACUUACCAAAGCCUAAGCCUGUGAGAAUUGUUAAACAGCAGUCACUGGUGGGAACGUGUGAUAAAACAGUUUCAGAAAGAGUACAAGUGACAGAGCCUGGAAAGGUUUCAGACCACAUACAAUGGUUUAAUAAACUUUCUUUAAAUGAACCAAAUAGAACAAAAGUUAAGUCACCUCUUAAGUUUCAGCGUACCCCUGUUCGUCAGUCUGUCAGGCGAAUUAAUUCUUUGUUGGAGUAUAACAGACAAUCUAUAAGGCAUAAGUCAGUGAGUCAUGGAGAUGCUGCUUCUCCUCUGGUUAAAGCAGUAAGCUGUGAUGGUGCUCUUCCUUGUAUGGAAAAUAUGUCACAGGAUUUCUCUAUUAGAUGUAAGAAAUCAGAUCUUAAAGAACAGAAAUCUGCGUCACAUGAACAGCCAGAUAUCGAUGCAAUUUCAAAAUCAAGCAUGGAGUUAACUUCUAAAUCUUCCUCAAAGAUGAAGAGGUACCAAGACUCGGUGAAUGCUUCUCUUGAGCCUAUUAGAAUUUGUAAACAGGAAGUGGUAUCUUAUGACCAAAUUAAGUUUCCCUUGGAUGACCUGACUAAUUAUGAUAUAUUGAAACCUGUUAUAAAUAACAGUAUAGGUUUUACUCCCGAGAUAAAUAACAGAGUCCUUAGGAAACCUUCUGAAAGAGAACGGGCUUGGUAUAAAGGUUCUCCAAAAAAUCCUAUCGGAAAAGCUCAACUAAUACCAAGUAAACCUGUAGACUUGUAA